AUGGUUUUACACAAAUUGACAGCCAUUUCAUCCACGAAGAAUUGUUGCAGAGCCACUUUCUCACCUCGAAGCAACCUGCGAUACAGAGCCCAGGAGGUUGUUGCCUUCCAGGCUGGACUGUUUCCACGGAAGAUGUUGCCUGAGACACGUCUGCUCUGGCUUAAAAGUCAUGCUAGGCUACGGCCAUGUGACCCUGUACCCGGACAACCAUACUUUGAGUGUCGCUUGGGAUUCUGCAAAAAAAUGAUGUGGCGAUAUCGGAGGCGAGCGACAGCUCAAGCCGAGUGA